GUGCAACACCCAUCUCACAAUUACAAUCGGCCCCCAGAAACCGUUCAUUCUGACUCGUCGAGGCUAUGCACGAUGUGAUUUAUUUUCAGCAUUAAAUAUCCAUGGACAAGUAACUUGACACACAAGUACUUAAACGUACUCGACUGUGGGAUUGGUGUUUAUUAGCAUCACCCAGAACUUAAUCAUGCCUUCUGAGCCAGAUCAUCGAACCCUCCUCAUUCCUGUAAAUCUUGGGACACCUGCUCAGUAUGACCGAUCCAUCUUCCCUCUCAUGAGAUUGAAGGAUCAAAGCGGUCUCGCGCAAGCUGAUCUAGUCCUUGAAGCCACGCUGGACGAGGUAUUCAAGAUACGCGAGAUGGCCGCUGAUAAGACGCAUGUCCAAGACCUAGUUGCUGCGACGAAGCUCGCUUACGACAAACUGGUUCUUGAGCGGGAUAGGCUAGAACAACAAAAGAAAUCAAUUAACCCGGUGAAAUUAUUCUCAGCAUAUCGUUCUACUCGGUUGCUUGUAGAAGCAGGGAAAAAGUUGUACACGAACACUAGGACCACAUCGGAGAGGAUGCGAAGGCAAUUACUUUCUGUUGCAUCGAAAAACGUUGAGCGUGUAGAGUAUGAUAACUUGCCGUCUGAUGCUUGCAUUAGCGGGAUCGCUGUUUCACUGGAUGAGCCACUGGAUGAGCCCACAGCUUCAUAUUUCACCGAAGCUGCGAAUUUCAUUGCAUCCCGAGUGGACCUGCUUUCCGAAGAAAAUCCAUUUGCCGAUGAUUUUCAAGUAGAAGACUCUGGAGCUAGCGCGGGAACUGAACCCAGUUCGACUGCAGAUUCGGCAACCAAUGAUGAUGGAGUUGCGUCGCCGAGUAGUCCCCGCCUUUCCGAAACAUCUCCGCCGGGAUCUGGUAACAACUAUUUUAUUUUCAAUAAUAGUUAUGUUGCCUCAAGAUCUGUCAUAAGCACACCAACUUUGAACCAUGGUGGGUCGCAUAACCAAGGGUUGUGUUCGUACUCUCCCCAUUUAUCUUGUGUCGUUGUCAUCUAACCAAUUACUUCAGCUGCUCUUCGCUAACAUUGUCGGUGUUCGAGCUCUGUCUAUGAACCAUGGCAUCACAUGCCCAAUCGUUCUGAUCACUUUCCCAUGCUGUUUAUUGUAAGCCCUGCAACUUAAAUAUUUUUACAAGUCCAUUAAGCCAAUACAAUUGUUGUGAAGGAGGUAGUGCAGUACGUGGAAAUAAUAACGCUCACCAAAAGUUCUUUAUGUAAAUUUUCCAAACGGGUGGAUUUAUUUAUGCCGUGGUGUGAUCGCGUUCCGAAUCACGUCUAUUUGCGCCAAUGGACUGC